UGCUACUGUCAGUCACCAUUCAUAAUUCGUUGUUGUAGUGAAAUGUUUUUUGGGUGGAACCGCAGCUAAAUUGAAAAUUCCGUAAAAUGUCGCGAAGCAAUACCGCACAAGGCAGUGGAUCAUCCUUGCAAACAUACAAACUAGUGAUUGUUGGAGGUGGUGGCGUAGGAAAAUCUGCGUUAACAAUACAAUUUAUUCAGAGCUACUUUGUUACUGACUAUGAUCCUACAAUUGAAGACUCCUACACCAAACAGUGUGUCAUCGACGAUGUGCCAGCAAAGUUAGACAUUUUGGACACUGCCGGCCAGGAAGAAUUCAGCGCCAUGCGUGAACAGUAUAUGCGCUCUGGGGAAGGGUUUCUGCUGGUUUUUGCCCUAAACGACCAUUCCAGUUUCGAUGAAAUACCAAAAUUCCAAAAACAAAUACUACGAGUAAAGGAUCGCGAUGAAUUUCCAAUGCUAAUGGUUGGCAACAAAUGCGAUUUGGAGCAACAGCGUCAAGUUUCGCUAGAUGAAGCACAAACCAUUAGCAGAAAUCUCUUGAUACCAUAUAUUGAGUGCAGCGCCAAGUUGCGGGUGAAUGUCGAUCAAGCCUUUCAUGAGCUUGUACGAAUUGUGCGAAAAUUCCAAUUGGCUGAACGCCCCUUCUUGGAGGAGAGCUACAAUAGGAAGAGCAAGCGGAAAUGUUGCGUGUUGUAAUAGCAAAAAAAAAAAACACACGUUAGGAAAAAGUAGAAAAACAAAUACAGAAUGACGCAGAGAGAGCAAAAAAAAGGAAAUUCAAUGUUGAAAAAUUUAAAUUUUAUAAUGGAUGUUGAUCAAGAACAAAAGCUGCCAAUGAACCAAACAACAAAAAUAUAUAGACAUAUUUCGAAAAUAGCACAAGGAAAGCAUGAAUCUAUGUCAGUUGUUUGCAUACAAGCAGUCGCAUACAACUUAGACAAACAGAGG